GUGCUACCUCUAGAAAUACUUUUCAAACACUUGAUAGAGAAGCUCCUCCCUCAUAUCAAGAAAUUUACCAAAGAGAUUCUCAGUUACCUAAUACAGGGCUGGAUGGUGCUCAAUCACGUCAAGGAUAUCAUCCUCAAUCACUUGGGCAUCCUAAUUAUGGCGUUGAAGCUCACAGGAGAGCUCAUGAGCCUUUACCGGCACAAAGUGCAGCUCGGGGUCUUCCACAAAUCGGUAAUCCCUACGGUCCAGCAUAUCCUGCUGGUCCCUAUAGUCCUCCACCUCCUGUCCAUCCAUAUGGUCCUACUCCUGUUGGUGAUCCCUACAGAUACGGAAUGGAUUACAGACCUUCUAUUGUACCACCCCCAGAAGAUCAUCCAACCUAUAAUAUCAACAUUAAACUGGGAAAAAAAGCGGAUGUUCCACAACCUCGGCCUUUAUUCGAUCCUUAUCUGUCGACUCCUUACCAUCCAUCUCAAGGUUCCCAUGGAGUACAUGGUGCUCCGCCGGCCCCCUAUCACUACAACAAUCCUCCUUUUGACCCACACAGUAGCAGCGGCCAGCAGCAUUUUCCAAAAAGAGAACCCCCGUCCACAAGUUCCAGAGGUAAUGCUAGAGGUAGAGGUGGUAAUAGAGGUAGAGGUAGUAAUAGAGGUAAAGUUGAGAGCAGAGGUAAAGGCAAAGGCCGAGGGGGAUCGAACAGAAAAAGUAAUGAGAAAAAAAGUAGCAAAAACUCGGAGGGUAAAGGUAGCGAUAGCGAUUCUUCCGAUUCUGAGGAAUAUGUUAUGGUAGACUAACUGUAUCUAAUAUUUUAUUUCAAGACCUGCUAAUCAAGACUUGUUGUGAGACACACAUUCAUUCAAAAAUGAUCAUUUCAGAGGGUGUGUUUCUCAUGUAUCUUCACUUUUAUGAAGCUCAAGAAGUUUUUGGAACUUCUGGUUGAUUUCAUUUGUUAGUUUUUUUUGGAAAUCACGAGACAGUUCCUGAAUAUAAUCUCCAUUCGAUGAACUUAUGUCAAUUCAUAACUAAUUUUUUUAACCGUCUUCAUAAAAUAUUUUUUGGGUAUGUGCAAAGCACUUAUUAAAGGCAUAUUUCAUCAAUUAUUAUUUUUAUCAGAUGCCAAAGCUGGAUGCUAUGAGAGGCUGAAAGCUCUUGAAAGUUGUUGGCAUGUAUUGGACUUAUUGAGUUUCAGUUUUGAUUACAAAAGACCAAAGCCUUGGUUUUCAGGGAAAUGAAAUCGUAUUCCCUCCUAAAUGUGUACCUAUUCCUCUACAGUCGUAAAUAAUUCGAAAAUCUUGAAAAAUGUUAUAAAAUAAAAUGGUGGCCUUAAUAUUUUAUCAACUUGAAAUGGAGCACCAUAGAAAUUAUAAUUAUUUUUCUCAGCUGAAAGCCAUUUAAGUGCCUUUAAUACUAAGCUAAUUCAAAAUAACUGUUUGUGUAUUAAUAAGAUUGACAAAAAUUUUAAUAUGAUGUUUUACACUUUCUGACAGCUUUUUUUGUCUAAAUUAACUGGGUGUGUGUUCCAUUCACAUUUACACUCUUUUUUUUUAUCACACUCUAUGUAUUGAUGUUGAUACGAGUACCUUCGAGUGUCAGGCAUGCGUGUGUGGUACCACGAAACGAGGAACUUACCGCCUCUCCGACAGUGUCUAAAAACCUGCCGGCGCAACAACAUAGCUCAACUCACCAAGGUAUGUCAUGAAAGUACAAUACAGUGAUAUUAUUGCUAAUUUAUAAAGUCUCGGUAACCUUUUUAUAUACAGUGCCAAUAUUGAAAAACAAUGCCAAAGAAAUUCCAUUCACAAUUAAAACAGUUUUAGCUGGGCUUUCGAAAAUAUUUUAUUAUCUUUGUCAAGACUUUCUACAAUUAUAAUAUGGUAAUGAUAUAAAACUAUGAGAUAGUGAAUAUGUACUCAAAAACAUCAGUUAUUGAUAGCUCAUGUUUUUAUAUAUUUUAUUGUUAAUUCUGAAUCAAGAAUAAAAGUAUGACGUUAUCUGGGUUUGCAGCAAUACGGAAGAAGUUUAUUCUUAUAACAUGAGGUAUUCCAAUAUUUCGAUAAGUUUAUUUAUCAUCAUCAGGGAAUAGUUUUAGUGAGGUUAGCCUUGUUCGAAUUGAUGUUUAAUAAACAGCACAUGUCAGCAGUGACGGCUGAUGCAUUGGAGAACAGGGGAGGCUAAGGUCAUAAAGACUAUAU